AUGGUGAUUGGCUGGAGGGAAAAGGAAAGCAGGAGUCUACGAGUCACUUCUUUCUUUACAAAGAGGGGUGUCUGGGAUGUGGACCACCACUGUGGACUCAGUCUGAUAGCCACAGCAGGUGUGGAUCAUCAGGUCUUGCUGUGGAACCCUUACGUGACCUCAGAGCCAGUGUGUGUGCUCAGUGGGCACACAGGCCCCGUCACCGCAGUUCACUUCACGCAGGCAAAGCAACAACUGCUCAGCUACUCCAAAGAUAAGGUGCUCUGUCUGUGGGACGUGUCCAGCCAGUUGUGUGUUCACCGUCUGGCAGAUGUCUUCCCGAAGACGCAGGAGGACACACACACACUCUUAUUUCUGCACGAGGAGCGUCAACACCUCCUGCUUUCCUUUAACAGUCUUCUUCUCCUGCUGGAGACAGUGAAGGAGGAGAGGAUCAGCAGCCACGAACAUCCAGUUACCUGUGUGCUCUAUAACAGCCUGUUUAGACAGGUAGUCAGCGGCGACUCUGCCUCCUCUGUGAUCUGCUGGCUGGCUGGCACAGGUCAAAAGGUCAAACAGUUCCACCGCUGUCAUGGCAACGCAGAGAUCUCCACCAUAGCCCUGGAUGGCACUCAGACCCGGCUGUUUACUGCAGGCACUGACGGAGAGGUCAAAGUCUGGGACUUCAACGGCCGCUGCCUCCACAGAAUGAACGCCGGGUUGGGUCGGGCCGUGGACAUCUCACAGGUGUUGUUGCUGAAGAGGAGCAUACUGGUGAUGGGCUGGGAAAGGAUGCUAACAGUUUUCCGACUGCAUUCCUUCUCGCAGCCUUUUGUUGAGCCCUCUGAGUGGAAGGGGGGCGUUCAACAUCGCGGCGAUGUUCUCUGUGCUGCAUUCCAGCCUCCACAGACUCUAGUCACAGGAAGCUACGAUGGAGAGAUCAUAAUAUGGAACAGCAGCACAGAAAGAGCUUUGAAAAGACUGCGGCCACAUGCUGAACAUGAAGACUACAAGAAGCCACAAGACAACUGCACUGCCAUCACCAGAUUGUUCUUCAUACCAGGACGCACAUCUGUGACAGCAGCAACAGGUGGUGCAGAUUUGGUGUCCUGUGGUGGCUCAGGUGUGGUUCAGCUCUGGAACACCCAAUACAGCCGUCUGGUGGGACAGUUCACAGCUCACAACGGGGACCUGGGAUCUAUUGUUAUGACCGGCAGCCCCUGUGGAAAAUAUUUAGUCACGGCUGAUAGGGAAGGAACAAUCAAGACGUGGGAUAUAAAGGAUUACUGUCUCAAACCAGAUGAAGGAGCGAGAGAAGAACUCCCAAAACUGCUACAUACUUUCCGCCCACAUCUCAAUCACGUGACUCACCUGGAGACAUGCACGCACGGCGACAGGCUCCUCCUCCUGUCCUCAUCAUCAGACUGCAGCGUUGCCCUUAGCUACCUGCCCGGAGAGACCGUCGGGCUGUUCGGACAGGAUCACUGGUGCCUGGAGAGACCUGGACCACUGCAGCCCCAACGGGAACCAGAGCGGGACCACAGUGACCACGGAGGGCGAGAAAACACCAGACUGGAAGGAAAGAGAUCACCUGCAGCGCUCGGUGAAUCUAAUACUGACCCAGGACAUGACAGCGCUGCAGAGGAAGGAGGGGUGAGGAUAAAAGAUGAGGACAGCAGGAGAAAGGCAGAAGUGGACACAAGAGAACCUUGA